UGUUAGGUGAAUCAUACUUGAAAUCUGUUUCAAUUUUUGUUAAUUAUUCACAAGAAUUCAAAAUAUUAUAAAUAAGAAACUAAUAUAUUUUUUGCAUAGAUGAAGAAAAUCGUUUUAGUACAUUUAAGUUCAGUCUUAGAAUUUAGUUGAACGGUAAAAGAUGGACAAGAGCCUUUCUCAAAACUUUUCUAUAAUAUGCGGAGAACUGUGCAAUCUCCUGUAUGUGAAAGAUUACAGUAAAGCACAGGUGAACUCACUUAUAGAUGAGCUAAACUCUAAGCCUUAUAAGGCUGAGUUUUUUGUCAGAAAACAUGAUGCCACGACACUGGUAACCGCACUGUGCCUUAAUAUAAAGCCUGUAGAUGAGUUUUUAGCUGCAAAAACUUCCCAUCUAAUGAAUAGUAUUGUUACGAAGCAGAAUUUGCAGUUUGAUACAGAUUACUUGUGGAAAGUUAUAUCCUGGCAUGUACAAUGCUUAAAGAAAUGUUCCGAUGUCAUAUUGCCUGACAUCCUCCACAAUAUGCAGUGUAUACUACAAUACUGCCCACAGGCUGGCAUUAAGUUUGUGGAAGAACUUAUAGGCAGUCAGGGGCUGCUUAUAAACCUAAUUGAUAUAGACAAAGGCCAGAUGUUGAGCACUCAGAAUCCUCUACAAAUAUCCCUCAUAGCCUUAAAGUGCAUGGUCAGCUUGAUAGUAAUGGAUGAGACCAAGAUGGACCAGCCUACCAUAGCUGCAGAUAUCAAGGAACACAUCUCACAAAUAGUUGUUAAGUUUCUACUUAAGGGUUCUAACAAGUCACAAGAUGAAUUUUUAUAUUGCAAGGCAGUAAUAUCAGCAUUAAGAGUACUAUCACAACUUUACUACAAUGACCAGAAGGUGAAUAUUCCUUUGCCAGAAGUGAUGGGUAUAUGUAGACAUUUCGUCCUGUACGGGCUAGUGAAUCAGAAUCCUAAACCGGAGAGGAUCAUGCCAGCGCAGCAGACUUUAGCUGCUGUCCCUGUUGUUCCUAGUUCAAAUCCUAAAGGUGGCAAGAAACAAAAAUUAAGAAAACAAAGGAAUAAUGCAAUUGAAAGUUUAAAGAAAGAGAUUCCAGUAUCAGACCGUAGUCUUAUGAAGGAUGUAGACAAUUUUGAAAACAAUUCAGCAUACAAGCCUGCAAGCAAGAACUAUUUAGAACCUCAGAAGUCUAAGAAUUGUUGGGCGUUGACCAGUGACUCUGAUAUGUCAGAUGUAGAAAGUGGUAGGGAGGCUAAAUUUAUUGCGUUAAAAUCUCGAGUCAGGCAGAGUGCAUCAAAUUUACUGCUUGUUUUGAUAAAGAUUAGAGAGAAAAGAGAGAUAUUUGGAUAUUGGUGGGCCUUGCUACCGGACUCACCAGACGUUGAUAAGUGGUCAACCUCUGAAGGCGGAAGGAAAACGCUUGCUUACUGCGCUGUCAUAGACCCUAUAGCUAGUAGUCGAGCUGGUGUACUUGGUGUUAUAUUAGCUCUUCUGUCCGGAUCCAGAGUGUAUCUAUCACAGGCAGAGAGCAGUAAAAAAGACAAUGCAUCAUUCAUUCCGUUCUCGGUGUCUCUUGGCUACGUGAUCACGUGCAUGCAUAAGGUGUUGGUUGGUAUUCUGGACAGCGACAGGAGCCACACUGUGAUCAUAGUUACCUUGAAGUGCUGUGCUGCCCUGGUGCAAGCCACACCGUAUCAUAAGAUGAAGGAUGGACUCAUCAGUGAGCUGGUCAGGUCGACGAGGAAGUUUCUAGUGCAUAGAGACGUAACCUUACAAGUUGGUGCUCUAAUAACAAUGGGAUGCGUACUGUCAGUAGAUCCUAAAGUUGAAGAAAUACUUAAAGCGAUAGAAAAAGACGUCAUAUCUUCUAAAACGCCAGAGAAGUUGAACAAAAAUAACAUGGAGACUGACGAAUGUGAUGAUUUUGAAGAAGGUUACUCAGAUGAUGAUAUGUUCGUUGCUGUUGACCAACCAGUUAACAAACCAGACGAAAAUGAUACGAAGGAGACACACUAUUUCAAAAGUUGGAUCUUAGACAUUUGUUUCAAAAACAUGGGAUGGACAUUCAAAGGAAAUGAAAUUAUGAGAUGCAAGCCCUCAGCGAUUCCAAUAAUUUUAGAAUCCUUGCAAGUGAUAUCGGCCAUCGCGUUCCACCACCUGCCCGACCUCCUGCAACCGCACCUCAUUCUAUUAGCGGAUAUAUUGAGUGAGAUGCUCGAACAGGAGCAUCAGGAUGUGGUGCUUCAGGCUGCGAGGACUAUCAGCAUCAUCGGAGAUGCUAUACAGAAAUUGGAACAAACGGAGCAUCCUCCCCCUCUAUCGACGUGCGUGCGCUUGUGGGAGAGGUUACUGACCCCUUUGUCAGGAGCGCUACAGGGGCAUGACAACGCGCCGGCGAAGGCAGUGGUCUGUGACUGUAUUGCGAACGUUGGGGAACGCGCCUUCAAAGAAUUGCCUAGACGGUUGCAAGUGCUGUGUUGUGCGUUAUUGGUGGGGUCGUGCAGUGACGAAGAGGCCACCGUCAGAGCGGCUGCGGUUCGAGCCCUGGCUAUGACUGUCAUAUACCGCACGCUACGAGAAGAUUUAUGUUUCGUGAGCGAUUGCGGGGAGAACAUUCUGAGAGCACUGGGGGAGCAGACGCUGGUGGUGCGGACUAAAGCAGCUUGGGCACUGGGCAACCUUAGUGACGCGCUGGUACUUAACAUGGAGGACCCGGAGACGGACGACAUAGAUGAUGACCUCUUGUUGCGCCUGCUUGAGGUCAGCAUACAGUGCGCCACAGAUAAUGAUAAGGUAAAAAUGAGCGCAACGCGUGGGCUAGGCAAUCUGUUGAGGCUGAUCAAGCGGGAGAGUCUGCUAAGAAAUGGUCAACUGAAGCCUCUAUGCGAGACGGCCAUAGCUCGUUUACUGGACUGCGCGUGUAAAGUCACCAAUAUGAAGGUGCGGUGGAACGCUUGCUAUGCAAUGGGCAAUGCUAUGAAGAACGAGAAUCUAUUCACCUGCUUCAGUGGGUGGCAGCAUCAAGUAUUCUCGAAUCUAUGUUCUCUUGCGCAAGAGUGUAAGAACUUAAAAGUCCGUAUCAACGCAGCGUCGGCGCUGAGAGCGCCGGCCACCAGGGACAACUAUGGAGACCACUUCUCAGGAGUGUGGCGCGGCGUCAUGUCUGCUAUGGAAAACGCAGCCAAUGUCGACGAUUUCACAGAGUAUAAGCAUAAGGAUAACCUUAUCGAACAGUUAUGCGUAACGCUCGCACACAUGUGCUGUCUUCUCAAGCAGUCAGACCUGACAGAUAUCCUGGACCCUCUGGUCUUCCACUACGACUGCGCCAAGUCUCUCUUCACUCAGCUGUGUCACAAACUGCCUCCUGAGAACUCCUCUUGCAUGAAGAUACUUCAAGCUGCUAAAUACGUCACUGUGGAUCUAACGGCCAGUAGUGAUAGUCAACAACAGUCCUUGGGUAUGCUCCAAGAGAUAUUUAUUUGGGAUUUGUGAGAUUUAGAGUUUCGAUUUGUGAUAUUCCUAAAACUGCUUCGCAAGAAUGUUUUGUACAAAAAUUGUGCUAUAUCUAGUAUUGCUAUCUCGUUCGUGUAUAAAUGUAAGUGAGAAUCGUUUGAGUAUAAAAGUACGUUUUGUUGCAUGUAAACUAGAGGUUGACAAGUUUACAAAGAAUGUUCUAGUGCAAACAUAACGGUAACUAAGAUUUUUUAAAAGAAUUACUUUUUACUGCACUUUAAUUGCUGAAUAAUUUUAUUUAUUUUGUUGUUUAUUUUAAAUUUUAUUACUAUAAGUACGCUCUAAUAAUGGUAUAUAUUAGUCAUAAAUAUGUUGAAUUAUUUUUGAAUGAAAAUAAUAUAAACAGUUAAAAUUA